AAAACAAUAUAACACUGAAAUGGGUGAACCUUUCCUUUAAGAUAGUGAGAGUGAAAUACCGCUAGUAAGCAGUUUAACUGUCCAACAACGAUUCCGUUUCCUCAAACCAUUUCCUAGUAGGACGGGUAUGUGCGUAAAGAGAGAGGAGAAACGUGACGUCACGGAAUAGCUUUCUACCCCCAAACUCUCGUUUGGUUUUUGCAGAUUUUAAUCGAAUAUAGAAUUUAUGUCUCUCGUUUUAAUUUCUUCAGCGUGUGUUGUGUUUCUUAAAGAAUAUCGUCAUAUAAUGCAAUUGAAGAACGUUGCAUAGUAACAGCAUUCCUGGUUUUGGAAGAAAAAAAAAGAGGAUAAUUUCUAAGGUGUUGAGUUUUAGUCUGAAUUAUAUUUAUUUCCAACUGGAGGAAAAUAUCAAAUUGUAAUGGCAGAAAACAAUUUCCCUCCCCUGCCUGGCUUCAUUCCUCUGAAGCCGUGUUUCUAUCAGGACUUCAAUGAGAUCCCAGAUGUACACCGCUCCAUCUGCAAGAAGCUCUACUACCUAUGGAUCUUCAACAGUGCCACCUUGGCGGUCAAUCUGAUUGGCUGCCUGGCAUGGAUGUGCGGCGGGGGCGGAGCCACUAACUUUGGCAUGGCUAUUCUGUGGCUCAUCCUGUUCACCCCCUGCUCCUACGUGUGCUGGUUCAGACCCAUCUACAAGGCCUUCAAGACUGACAGCUCGUUCAACUUCAUGGCGUUCUUCUUCGUGUUCAUGGCCCAGGUGGUGAUCAGCAUCAUCCAGUGUAUAGGCAUUCCAGGCUGGGGCAUCUGUGGCUGGCUGGCUACCAUCACCUUCUUCAGCACCAAUAUAGGCUCCGCUGUAGUCAUGCUGAUCCCCACCAUCAUGUUCACUGCCAUGGCUGUCCUCUCCUUCACCGGGCUCACCAAGGUGCACAACAUGUACCGUGGCACUGGGGGCAGUAUGAGUAAAGCCCAGGAGGAGUGGACCACCGGGGCCUGGAAGAACCCUCACGUCCAGCAGGCGGCGCAGCAGGCCGCCGUGGGGGUGGCACAGGGAGCCAUGCAGCAGCAACAGCCCCAGUACUCACAGGCACCCACCUACAAUUAUGACGACCCGGGCAUGUAGGGCAGGGAGGAGGAGAGGGUGGGAGAGAAGGGGUGAGGAAUAGCCAGGUUGACAGUCUGUUUCUGAUCUCGCGUCAGUUGUUAUGAGAGCAGAAACCGAGCCUCCCAGGCUAGGUGAGGGACAGACUGGGGAGAUGAAAAGGGAUGAUCAUCAAAUGAGAACCACAAUUCACGAUUACAUUCAGAUAAUUCUUAGAUAACAAAAAUAUAUACAGUGGGGAGACAAAGUAUUUGAUACACUGCCGAUUUUACAGGUUUUUCUACUUACAAAGCAUGUAGAGGUCUAUAAUUUUUAUCAUAGGUACACUUCAACUGUGAGAGACGGAAUCUAAAACAAAAAUCCAGAAAAUCACAUUGUAUGAUUUUUAAGUAAUUAAUUUGAUACAAAAUUAUAGACCUCUACAUGCUUUGUAAAUAGAAAAACCUGUAAAAUCGGCAGUGUAUCAAAUACUUGUUCUCCCCACUGUAUAUAUUAAAAUGUGUCAUACUGUUUUGAUUUUGCUUCAAAAGGUUUUUCCUAAAUGUAGGAAUAAUAAUUUUACAAAAAUGGACCAGCACUCCAAACAUGCACAUAGUUAUUACACAUAGUAAUAACAUAUUACACACACAAUAUAAAUUUCUCUGCUUCCAUGUGCCAGACAGAUACUUGCACUGCCCUGUAAUGCUCAUUAGCUUUGAAAAGAAGAACCCAACACUGUCUUACUAGAGCCAUUGCAACGUUUCAAAAAAAAUAUUAGUUUUAGUAUAUUUGACUCUCUUAUCCAGAGCAACUUACAAUAGUGAGCAUACAUUUUUUUUGUACUUUUAUGUUUGUACUUGUCCCCCAUGGGAUUUGAACCCACAACCCUGACAUUGCAAGUGCCCUGCUCUACCAACUGAUCCACACAGGGACCUAGUGGGGUAGGCUUGUGAUGUUCUGUCAUGUUUUUGAAAAACAGUUUAUACUUGUUUUUGCAGUACUGUAUUAUUGUCAAGGAUGCAGUUUUGCCACAUGGACAUGACAAAAAUGCAGAAAGAUCAAAUUUAAUCCUAUUUAAAAAGGAUUAUCACAAUUUUGUCCAUGUUGAAUUUUGAUUUUGUAUCAACUUAGAUUCUCAGGAAUUGACAUCUACUUUGUUUUAGACAUAAAAUGACUUUAUUGUAUUCAUCUGUUUUUUUUUUUUAGAUCUUAGCUAGUUGCUAGAUGGCUAAUAGCUACAUGGCUAAUAGCUACAUGUUAGUCUGUCUACAGUAGAAAUACCAGACGUGCUGUUGGCGUCGUCAACAUUAGCCAUAUUAGAGGUGUUCAAUUGCUCAACAUUUUCAGAUUUAUUUCAGGUUAUGGGGAGUGUGUUUUGAGCGAGCAUGUUAUUCUGUUGACUAUAAGUGAAAUAAUUAAUAGAUGUUUAAAAAUAACAACCAAUUUAAGCACACAUGUACAGUGUUAAGUAUAGGAUGGAACAUUCCAGAUAAGUCUAUGACUACUGUAACCCAGUUUAUUUUACCUUUAUUUAACCAGGCAAGUCAGUUAAGAACAAAUUCUAUUUUUCAAUGACGGCCUAGGAACAGUGGGUUAACUGCCUGUUCAGGGGCAGAACAACAGAUUUGUACCUUGUCAGCUCGGGGGUUUGAACGUGCAACCUUCUGUUUCCUAGUCCAACUCUCUAACCACUAGGCUACCCUGCCACCUCUACACUCUAACCACUAGGCUACCCUGCCACCUCUACACUCUAACCACUAGGCUACCCUAGACUAGGUGAAACAAAAAUCGUUCCGUCUGUGAAGGGGCAAAUAGUUCUGUCUAUAGGGGGCAGAUAGUUCUGUCUAUAGGGGGCAGAUAGUUAUGUCUAUAGGGGGCAGAUAGUUCUGUCUAUAGGGGGCAGAUAGUUCUGUCUAUAGGGGGCAGAUAGUUCUGUCUAUAGGGGGCAGACAGUUCUGUCUAUAGGGGGCAGAUAGUUCUGUCUAUAGGGGGCAGAUAGUUCUGUCUAUAGGGGGCAGACAGUUCUGUCUAUAGGGGGCAGAUAGUUCUGUCUAUAGGGGGCAGACAGUUCUGUCUAUAGGGGGCAGAAGGGAAUGAUGGAAACAGUGGAACAUUUCCAAAACGUAGUCUUAAUUCCCCAUUGAAGAUAUAGUAUUUGCUAUUUGUAGAUGGACAGAUGUUAGAUGUUAUGAAUGUUUAUUCCCAUUGGUCAAUCCUCUCACUAAUCCUAAAGUGAACCCUGUGAAGCAAAUGCUUUAAAAGAAGAAAAAAAAGACUACAUUACCCAGGGGGCAAAUCUGGUUGUAAUGAUGUCAUUGUGACAUCAUUUCAAACAGUUUUGCCUGCUGGGUAAUGGUGGAGUUUAACCUUUACAAGUGAAAACAUAAAAUGUGGCUGUCAACGUUAGUACAUGAGUAUAGAUGUGAUUAUGGUAUAUAUAGAAAACAUUGAAUAUUGUUUAUACAAACAUCUCAUUUUAUGAACUGAAACGGGAAGAAAAUAACUGUAGCCUUUAUGAGUAUCGAUGUUUUCAUUUAGAGAUGGAACUACCGCAUAGCUACAUUUGACUGCAGUGGAAAAUGUUUUAGUCUCAAGAAAGUUAACUCUGAAAAUGUAAAAGAUGUAUAUUACAAAAAUGUGUAAUACAAUAUUAGACUUGAAACAAAUGUGAAGAUGUGUACAUGAAUGCCAGAUAUUUAAAAAAAAAAAAAAAAAACUGUGAAUUGUCUUGUCUGAUUGUGUGAUGAUGUUCAAUAUGAUUUUAUUUUAAAUAUUUCUCAAAACUUUUGUUGUUGUUGUUGUACUUUUCCUGUAUAAAUUCUAGAAGGUAUGUGAGGCAGAGUGUAUAUGUUCUAGAAGGUAUGUGAGGCAGAGUGUAUAUGUUCUAGAAGGUAUGUGAGGCAGAGUGUAUAUGUUCUAGAAGGUAUGUGAGGCAGAGUGUAUAUGUUCUAGAAGGUAUGUGAGGCAAAGUGUAUAUGUUCUAGAAGGUAUGUGAGGCAGAGUGUAUAUGUUCUAGAACGUAUGUGAGGCAGAGUGUAUAUGUUCUAGAAGGUAUGUGAGGCAGAGUGUAUAUGUUCUAGAAGGUAUGUGAGGCAGAGUGUAUAUGUUCUAGAAGGUUUGUGAGGCAGAGAGUAUAUGUUCUAGAAGGUAUGUGAGGCAGAGAGUAUAUGUUCUAGAAGGUAUGUGAGGCAGAGUGUAUAUGUUCUAGAAGGUAUGUGAGUGUAUAUGCAGCUCUGCUCUUUCUGUCUCUCCGCAGUCAUUGGUGUAUAAAAGGCUUCUAAUGGG